AUGGGAGAAAGUCACCUAGCUAGGAAUCGAACUAUGGUGGGAAAAGAAAGUAUGGGGAGCACGUUGCCACUUGCGACAAAUUCCGGUGCUCUGUUUUCGAAACCAGUGAAGUGGAAAAGAGCUUUGAGUCCUAAAGAUGACUUUGAGCAUCGUAGUCCACCAACGGAUCGUGUUUUCAGACUCAUCAACGAGAUCUCAUCUCUAACAUUAUCAGAAACUUUCGAGCUCGGUGGGGUUACAAUGAAGAAGAAAGGAAUGAUGGAGUUAUCUACCGUUGUUGUAUUGAAACCCAAAAAUUCUGGUGCUAGGAUUGUGGCUGGAGCUGGUCAAGCUCAAAGUGGUGCGAACGAGGAAGCUAAAGUGCAUAAUACUAUGUUUUAG